AUGUUUGCGCAAAGCUCCCGUCGCGCUCUGUCAACGCGCUCGUGGGUCGUCACGCGCUCUCUGAGUUCGCUCCGCACGCAUUCGUGUGGAGAACUCCGCCAAUCGCCUCACGAAGGGCAACACGUGACGCUGAGUGGAUGGGUGGACGCACUGCGUCCAUUUGGUCAUGUCUCGUUUGUGUCACUUCGGGACCGGUACGGCGUGACGCAACUUGUCCUGGAAAAGGAGUUUCUCCAAUCAGCAGAAAAUGUGGUGCGUAGGAUUCGACCCGAGUCCGUCGUGCAAGUUUCAGGCACUGUUCGGGCUCGACCACUUCAUAUGCGCAACGAGAACAUGGCGACGGGAGCUAUUGAGGUCGUUGUCCACGCGAUAACCGAACUGAACACGUGUGUGAACUUACCAAUGCAAGUGGCUACGGGAUCACUUGUCGCGAACGAAGACACGCGACUGCGGCAUCGGUACUUGGACCUCCGUCGUCCAGCGUUGCAGCAGAACCUCAUUAUCCGCUCACAGAUAUCACUCGCUGCGCGUAACUUCUUGUGCGCGGAGGGGUUUCUGGAAAUCGAGACGCCGACGCUGUUCAAAAGCACUCCAGAAGGUGCACGAGAGUUUCUCGUGCCAACACGUAAUCGAGGGCUGUUUUACGCGUUGACGCAGAGUCCGCAGCAGUACAAGCAGUUGCUUAUGGUGGGCGGGUUGGAUCGGUACUUCCAGCUGGCGAGGUGCUACCGUGACGAAGGCGGUCGAGCAGACCGUCAGCCAGAGUUCACCCAGAUCGAUUUGGAAAUGUCGUUUGUCACGCGCGAAGACGUAAUGCACUUGGUCGAGCGCCUGGUGAAGCAAAUGUGGAAAGCUGCGGACAAGGAGCUACCGGAUCGUCCAUUUGUUCGCAUGACUUUCGACGAGGCUAUGCACCGCUUUGGUGUAGACAAACCCGAUACACGGUAUGGUAUUGAGCUGCAGGAUGUCGACGACCUGUUGCAAGGAUGCGAGUUUGGCCCAUUCAAGACGGCACUAGCAGAUCGCCCUGUCAAGGUCCAUAGCAAACGCGGAGUCGUUCGUGCCAUCAAUGCGAAGUGCCUCUCAUGUGGUGCUGGAGUCUCGCGCAAGGACAUUGGUGAACUGGAGAAAGCAGCUAAGCGCGCAUCUAGCACUGCCGCUGCGUUUGUCGUCAAGGUGAAGCCUGGAAAGCAGUGGCAAUCGUCGCUCGCUAAACACUUGUCGACUUUCGAAAUCGAUCAGCUGAACGAGCGUCUCGACGCUGCUGAAGGCGAUGUUCUCAUUUUCUCUGCCGGGCCAUACCACGAUGUCAAUACGUUGCUCGGACGCUUGCGCACCCACGUCUCGCGGAUGUUGUACGCCAUGGGUUUCUUGCAAGCAGAGCUGGACCCGACCAACUUCCAUCACCUCUGGGUGAUUGAUUUCCCCAUGUUCGAGCGCAGUGAAGAUAACGAAGAUGGGGUCGCUCCUGACAGCGAAGGCAGCGUGCCGCUGUCUGCAACACAUCAUCCUUUCACCGCGCCUCACACUGACCACGCAGCACUUUUGGACGAGAUCUUGACACAUGCUGCUAAAGGCGAAGCGAAGAGAAGUUUGCUGGAAGACCCAUUGGUCGUCGAGAAGCUACUGAGUCUCACGGCGCAGCACUACGAUAUCGUAUGCAACGGCUGGGAGCUGGGAGGAGGAUCGAUUCGUAUCCACCAGGCACAGCUGCAACAAGCUGUGUUUGAAGAUGUGCUCGAGCUGCCACAGGUGCAACGUCAGAGCUUUGAGCACCUCCUACAGGCUCUCAGCCACGGAGCUCCACCUCACGGCGGCAUUGCGCUGGGCCUCGACCGCCUCAUUGCAAUUUUGUGCGGAGCGCCGAGUUUGCGUGACGUGAUCGCGUUCCCAAAGACCUCCUCAGGCAACGAGCUGAUGACCAAUGCACCAGGACCAGUGCUCCCUGAACAGCUCAAGGAGUAUCAUGUCGAGGUGCAGCACGAGAAAGAGCCAUCUGACUGA